UCAAGUUUUUGGCGCCGCUGCCGGGGAUUAAAAUUAAUUUUUCACUCCUUUAUUUUUAAUCUUUCGGAUUAGCUUGUUUUCUCACUAUUUUUUGUUCUUUGUUUCGAGGAGGAAUAGUCGGGAUUCAUGGAGUAAAGUGAACAAAUUUUGCUCGGAUUUGGAAGCUUGCUUUGGUAUCUCGUAUCUCUCCACUCUUAUUUUUCGUUUUUAUUUAGAAAAUCACAAACAAAUCUGAAAAUUGAAAAUCACAAAAAAAAAUAAAAAUUUUAAAAUCCAAAAAUAUUAGUUAGAACUACAUAUGUGUUGCAUCAUGCAUUUUUACACUUAGGGCACAUCAUUUAGAUUUUAAUUUUUUUGUUUUUAAAUUUUCGUACCUAUAUUUGUGGUGAUCGCUGGAGGACCCAAAGGUACGUUAAUUUCUUUUCUCUAGAUUAGGACACGCAGUGUAGAGCAUCCAUAGUUGUUUAUAGCUUUUAUUAUCUCGUUGUGUGGUGCAUCAUUUUAAAUAAAUCUUAAGGGCAAAACCCACUCACAAGAUAAGGGAAGGGAUUUCAUCACUCUUUCCUUGGCCCACAACAACUUAAUUUCUUCAUUUGCAUUUACCUAGCCUUUAAUAAAAUUGAAUUAGACGUUAGCCCCUAGGAUUUCGCGCUCAACUAGGAAGGUACCUAAAAGACGAGGUAAUCUUUAAUUAUUCCGACUUUUCGGUGUCUAGGACAAGCGAAAGCUUACCUGGCCGAUUAAGGUUUGGUGUCUAAGCGCGGAGAUUGGCCUCUUGGCAAUGCCUGCUCCAAACUGGCCAGACCGGUCCGAAUAAUUUUGGAUUUAUCGAGUUUUUGGUGGUCCUUAACGUUAGGAGCAAGGUCUAGUUCAUUUUUAUUAGGGAACCCUAGAAUUAAGUUUUUCUUUCACUUUUACACCCUUUCUUUUGUUUGUUUUAUUUCUUCGCACUUAUUUGCUACGUGUUUACUAUCUAGUUUAUGCGAACUACUUGGGUUAGGAGCGAGUCAUCUAGAUUAGUAAGGCCUAUAAUCGAGAUUCCCUCGUCCCCUUCGGAUUCCGAUACCCUAGAAGUUCCAGAACCGAUAGUUAAAAUGGCGUUGUCUCUUAAAGACCGUUGUUACCCUUCUCGUUCCGCUCAACCAUCGUGCAUCACUCUUCCUCCCGUUAAUGGGAAUAAUUUCGAGAUUAAGGCACAUCACAUUAGCAUGUUGCCUAAGUUUUUAGGGAGUGAAGGUGAGGAUCCCUAUCUUUUCAUUCAAGAAUUUGAGGAGGUUUGCGGUUUGCAAAAACUCCAACAAUUGAGCGAAGACUCCAUUCGGCUUAGACUAAUCAACUUUGCUUUAAAAGAAAAUGCUAAAAAAUGGUUGUAUAGUCUUCCCGUCAAUUCUAUUUCCACUUGGGAGGGAUUUGUGGUAAUGUUUCUUAAAAAGUAUUUUCCAAACCAUAAAACGACUCGAAUUACAAAUGAAAUAAACCAAUUCCAUCAAAGGGAAAAUGAGUCUUUUUGGAAAUUCUUUGAUCGUUUUAAAAAUCUUUUAUCACAAUGCCCCCACCAUGGAAUAGAGAAAUGGAGACUUUGUAAGAUUGUGUACGAGGCCUUAGAUAGUCAAACAACCGCGUUGUUAGAGUCUAUGUGCCAAGGCAAAUUCAUGGAAAAAGAUGAGGACCAAGGGUGGGAGUUUUUCGAGGACUUAGCCGAGAAAACAAUGUUAUGGGAGUCCACCAGGGAACCUAAAAAGUCGAUCGAGGCGUCUAGCUCUAGGGGUUUGCACUCGAUAGGAAACAAUGUGGCAACCGAUGCCAAAUUAGCAACCCUUACUAAGAGACUCGAAGCUUUGGAGUCUCAUAGUGGCCCUUCACCUUUGCCUAUGUUCCCGAACUAUAAUGCUUCCCAUCCCGAGAUCCAACAAUCUCAUGAUUUUGAGCAAGUGAACGCGAUGUUUCAACCUAAGUCUAGAAAUGAUCCUUUUGCACCAACCUACAACCCCGGGUGGAAGAAUCACCCGAAUUUCUCGUGGAACCAAGGUCAAAACUUUCAAACUCCACAACCCAAUUUCCAAAGGCCCAAUCCUAACUCUUUUCCGAAUUAUCAAAACCCGAGUCAAGCUCCGUUAAAUCCUCCCGGUUUUAAUGAUUCGGAUAAGAGACUCAAUUCCUUAGAAAAGAGCAUAGAGGCCUUAGUGAAAUCGCAAACUAACUUGACCCAAUCCCAACAAACCUUCAUGCAAACUUUAACUCAAGAUAGGCAACUUUUGCAUUCUAAUGUGCAAGCCGUCUCUAAGUUAGAGUCCCAAUUGAGUCAAUUAGCAAGCACAUUGUGUGAGCGAGAAAAGAACAAGUUCCCGAGCCAACCGGAGCCGAACCCAAAAUUUCCACUUAAUCAAAGACCCCCGGAUAAUGUGCAUUCGGUCAUUUCUCUUAGGUCGGGUAAACAAGUUGAUACCCAAGUUGGUGAGAACCUCGGUAAGAAAAGGGAUUCGACUUCUAAUCCAAGUCCACCCCGCACUACCAUUAAUCAUGACAAACCCGAGUGUUCAAAAGCCCGUGAGGAGUCGAGUGACCCAAACCCGGAACCCGAGUUGCAAAGUGAAGUAGUCUAUAAACCGAGAGUCCCUUACCCACAAAGACUUAUUUCACCGAAGCAAUCGGCUCAAAUGGAGAAGAUUUUGGAAGUGUUUAAGCAAGUCAAGGUCAACAUACCCCUUUUAGAUGCAAUUCAACAAAUUCCCUCGUAUGCUAAGUGUCUUAAGGAGUUAUGUACCCAUAAGAGAACCAACCAUGUCCCUAAGAAAGCUUUCCUUACAUCUCACAUUAGUUCGAUUCUCUCAAACCAAAUUCCCGUGAAAUACAAGGAUCCCGGUUGUCCUACAAUUUCAUGUGUCAUAGGAGAAACUUUUGUGGAUAAGGCGUUACUUGAUUUAGGGGCUAGUGUUAAUCUCCUUCCAUAUUCUGUCUACCAAGCUUUAGGUUUAGGGGAGCUCCAACAAACCAAUGUCACACUUCAAUUAGCCGAUCGAUCCGUGAAAAUUCCUAAGGGAAUGAUCGAGGAUGUGCUAAUUAAAGUAGGUGAUUUUGUAUUUCCCGUAGAUUUUGUCGUCCUAGAGACCGAGCCGGUGAGGAACCCGAAGAAUCAAAUUCCCAUCAUCUUAGGACGACCCUUUUUAGCUACAUCCAACGCGUUGAUUAAUUGUAGGAACGGCUUAAUGAAGCUAACAUUUGGCAACAUGACAAUCGACCUCAACAUCUUUCAUGUGGGGAAACAAUCCGAUGAUUUCUAUGAUCAACCUAUGGACGUUAAUCUAAUUGAUGAAAUAGUUGAUCAAGAUCUCAUGAAUCCCAAAGAUGCCCUUGAAUUUUGCUUAAAACAUUUUGGAGAGGAUUGGGAUGUUUCCGACUACAUACAUGAGGUCAACCAAAUGUUAGAAUCCACCAUUCCUACAACGAGUCAAGAGCGUGAUGUUGAACCCGAGCCUUUGCCAUCUUCUAAUAAAACCGUUGAGUCACAACCGCCGGAAGUAGAACUCAAACCUCUUCCCGACACUCUUAAGUAUGCUUUUCUAGGUCCUAACGAGUCAUAUCCCGUUAUCAUUGCCUCUAAUUUGACUAUGUCACAAGAGGAAGAACUUUUAGAAAUCCUUAGAAAGCAUAAGGGAGCGAUAGGGUGGAGCAUUUCGGACAUUAAAGGAAUUAGCCCGGCGAUUGUUCAACAUAGGAUUCAUUUGGUAGAAGAUGCAAAGCCCGUGAGAGAACCUCAAAGGAGGUUGAAUCCUCCCAUGAUGGAGGUAGUUAAGAAAGAAAUUCUUAAGUGCUUAGACAAUGGGAUCAUCUAUCCAAUUUCCGAUAGUAAGUGGGUGAGUCCCGUCCAUGUAGUGCCUAAGAAGUCGGGCAUUACUUUGGUGACCAAUGAGAACAAUGAACAAGUUCCAACACGUGUCCAAUCCGGUUGGAGAAUGUGUAUAGACUUUAGGAAGCUCAAUGCCGUCACUAGGAAAGACCAUUUUCCUUUGCCCUUCAUCGAUCAAAUGCUAGAGAGGUUAGCGGGUCAUGCUUUCUAUUGCUUUUUAGAUGGUUAUUCGGGAUAUUUUCAAAUCCCGAUUGCUCCCGAAGACCAAGAAAAGACCACCUUCACUUGCCCUUUUGGAACCUUCGCGUAUAGACGCUUAGCUUUCGGCCUAACCACAGGCCCAUCCACGUUCCAAAGGUGUAUGACUAGCAUUUUCUCGGAAAUGAUAGGUGACUUUCUAGAAGUCUUCAUAGAUGAUUUUUCCAUCUUUGGACCAUCUUUUCACCAAUGCCUUAACAACUUAGAUCGAGUGUUGAAAAGAUGUGAGGAAACGGAUCUAGUUUUAAAUUGGGAGAAAUGUCAUUUCAUGGUUAAGGAGGGAAUCGUUUUAGGACACAAAAUUUCUGAAAAAGGGAUCGAAGUAGACAAGGCUAAGGUCGACCUAAUAGCUAAUCUCCCUCCUCCCAAGUCCGUUAAGGAAAUUCGUUCUUUCCUUGGACAUGCGGGAUUUUAUCGUAGAUUCAUCCAAGAUUUUAGCAAAAAGGCCCGACCUUUGACCAACCUUCUAGCUAAGGAUGUCAAAUUUGAAUUCACAAGCGAGUGUGUUCAUUCUUUCGAAGACCUUAAAAGAGAAUUGACUUCAGCCCCGAUCAUGAAGUCUCCCGAUUGGAGCCAACCUUUUGAGCUUAUGUGUGACGCAUCCGAUUAUGCGAUAGGAGCGGUUUUAGGACAACGAAUAGAUAAGAGGCCUCAUGUCAUUUACUACGCUAGUAAGACCUUAAAUGAUGCCCAACUCAAUUACUCUACCACCGAGAAGGAGCUUCUAGCCGUAGUCUUUGCCUUAGAAAAAUUUCGCUCUUAUCUUAUCGGGUCCAAAAUCAUUGUUUACACCGACCAUGCCGCUCUUAAGUACCUUUUCUCGAAAAAAGACUCAAAAGCCCGCUUAAUUAGAUGGGUGUUGUUGCUCCAAGAGUUUGACUUAGAGAUUAGGGAUAAGAAAGGUUGCGAGAAUGUCGUCGCCGAUCAUCUCUCUCGAUUAGUGGUUGAAUCCACUAACGACUUGCCCCUAAGCGAGUCAUUUCCCGACGAACACCUUCUCUCAAUUUCCACUCUUCCUUGGUUCGCCGACUUAGUCAAUUACUUAGCAACCGGUGACAUUCCCUCGACAUGGUCCAAAAAUGAUAAAGCCAAGUUCUUUUCUCAAGUGAAACAUUUCUUUUGGGACGACCCGUAUCUCUUUAAACAUUGUCCCGAUCAAAUCAUUAGGAGGUGUGUCCCAAAUAGUGAGUUUCAUAGCAUCCUCUCGUUUUGUCACGAUCAAGCAUGUGGAGGUCAUUUUAGUGCGAAGAAGACCGCCGCUAAAAUCCUCCAAUGCGGUUUUUAUUGGCCUAGUUUGUUUAAGGAUGCCGCCGAGUAUUGUUCCGCAUGUAGUAGGUGUCAACAUCUAGGAAGAAUCACUAGGAGGAACAUGAUGCCUAUGAGCCCAAUCCUUGUUAUAGAGCUCUUUGAUGUGUGGGGCAUAGAUUUCAUGGGCCCAUUUCCUAAUUCGUUUGGCCACCUUUACAUCCUUCUCGCGGUUGAUUACGUUUCUAAGUGGGUAGAAGCCAUCCCGACCCGGUCCAAUGACAACAAAGUUGUCCUACGAUUUCUUAAAGAGAAUAUCUUUUCUCGAUUUGGAACUCCUAGGGCUAUCAUUAGUGACCAAGGGACGCAUUUCAAGAACCGUCAAUUCGAGUCACUUCUUAAGAAGUACUCCAUCACUCAUAGGCUUGCUACCCCUUAUCAUCCUCAAACUAGUGGCCAAGUAGAGGUGUCAAACCGGCAAAUUAAGCAAAUCUUAGAAAAGACGGUCAACUCGAAUAGGAAGGAUUGGUCCACCAAGUUGAUAGAUGCCUUAUGGGCCUAUCGGACCGCCUUUAAGACCGUCUUAGGAAUGUCUCCUUAUAGACUCGUGUAUGGUAAAGCUUGCCAUUUGCCGGUUGAGUUAGAGCAUAGGGCCAUGUGGGCCAUUAGAGAAUUGAACUUCGACUUACCCACCGCCGGUAGUCAUCGGAAGUUGCAAUUGACCGAGUCGGACGAACUUAGAAAUGAUGCCUACGAAAACGCUAAAAUUUACAAAGAGAAAACUAAGGCCUUCCAUGAUAAGACCAUUUUGAGAAAAUCCUUUUCUCCCGGCCAAAAAGUUCUUCUCUACAAUUCUAGGCUUCAUUUGUUUCCCGGUAAGUUGCGUUCUAGAUGGGACGGUCCUUACAUUGUUCAAGUUGUGUUUCCUCACGGUGCUGUUGAAAUUCAGGAUCCUAAAAAUGGUAAUGUUUUCAAAGUUAAUGGUCAACGUCUUAAACCAUUUUUAGAAUUGCCUGUUGAUUCGAAGGAAGAGGUCAUCCACCUCAUCGACCCUUGAUCAUGUAAGUUGCUUCAGUAGUUAAUAAAAAUCCCUUCAUCUCCUAUUCAGGUAUUUUUCCUCUUUACUCUCUCAUUUCAAUUCUCUUUUGCAUACAUUGAGGACAAUGCAUGAUUUAGGUAUGGGGAGGGCUUUAGUGUAAUUCUUAAAAAAUGAAAAUCCCUAAAAAAUGAAAAAUUAGAAAAUCCAAAAAAUAGAGAUGUUUUAGCUAAGUUGUCUUUCCCUCACUCGAACUUUAGGAGUAGUUGGUGUUUAGCAUGUUUUCGAAAAGUUUAUAUAUGUAGUGUCUUUUAGAUAAUUUGAACGUAGUUGAGUAAUGUUGUCUUUUUGAAACUUGUAUCGACCGAUUUGUACUUUAAAUUCCAAGAUGGCACACACAUUUGCACAAGACCUUUGAUGGAGAGAUUGUCUAGUGAUAUUAUUCGAUACCUGAGAGAGAACCCACAUGUUGAAACAAUGUCGAAUCGAACCUUUGCGAAUAAAAAAAAAUAGAAAAAGAAAAAAAAGAAUAACUACUUCAAUACCCAUUGUUCUUUAUAGAUAAAAUCUUUAGAUAAAUGGGCAAAAGUAGAUUGGCUAGUCUCGUUUUGUGGCCUUUGUUACUCGAGUUAUUAAGUCCGUCGGGGGAUUUCAAAACCUAGUGCCCUAAGACCGUUUGGUUUGGGAGUCACUGACCUAAAGCUCGCUACAUGGGUAACAUUGUUUGCCUAAGAAAACGGACAAAAUAAAGUCAAUGCAAAAAAAAAAAAAAAAAAAAA